UAGGUUGAGCAAAAAUGGCGGAAAAUUGUGAUGAUCCUAAGGAUUCCACACGUCUAUCUCCUCCUUCUCUCUCAAUCCACACACACACCAUUUAGUCAACUCCAUGCAUGAUAGUUAGUAACAGUUUAUGAAAACCACACAAUAUGGUUGUUGAAUAGAUUACAUUGCCAGAACAUGAAGCAAAAACAGAACAAACAACAGUGAAGAAACAAAAAACACAACAACAACAACAACAACUAAUUCAUGUUUAUGCCACUUUGCUGUAAAGUUAUGUAACACUACAUAGCGUUGACCCAAUAUCGUGAUUUUUCACGGUUUAUCUUCACUUUCAUGCUCUCAUCAAUCAAUGUUAUGUCUUUUUACUUUCUCUCUCUUCCUUAUCUUUCUCUUCUCUAUUCAUUGCUUGAUGGGUUUAAUUAAUUUUUCUCUCUAACCAAAAGGGUCAUUUCAAAAUUUAGUUUUUCAUCUUCAUUUAAUCGUUGCUAACUCUUUCCUUUGACAACACGUUAUUUAAAUUUUUUGUUUUUAUUUCAAUUUUAUAUGUCAUCUUCUGUUUUUGUCUUCAACCUCACAAUUAAUUGUCUCAUUUUCACACUUUCUGAAGUGCUUUGCUUCUGUUUCUGUUAAGCUUUUCAUGUUCUUGUUCUCUCUUAAUCACUCAUUUUCACUUCUUUCAUUUUUUGUAGCAAAAUAAAGCAACCCUUUAAGAGAAAAUGAUGUUGUUGUCAGGUUUCAGCUCCAAAAAUUGCUUUUUUAUUUACAUGAUGCUAAUGUUUCACCUUUGCAUCUUCUUUGUAAUUUCAAUCAAUGAAGAGGGUUCAAAUCUUUUGAAGUUCAAAGCUUCACUUUUGGACUCAAAAAACAAUCUUUUUAACUGGAAUCCUUCUGAUUCAACUCCUUGUAAUUGGACUGGUGUUUAUUGCACUGAUUCGUUGGUAACUUCUGUUAAACUUUACCAUUUCAAUCUCUCUGGUAAUUUGUCACCUACAAUCUGUAACCUUCCAUGGUUAGUUGAAUUGAAUCUCUCUAAAAACUUCAUCUCAGGUUCAAUUCCUAAAGCUUUUGUUAACUGUGAAAAGUUAGAAAUUUUAGACCUUUGUACAAAUAGGCUUCAUGGUCAACUUCUAAAAUCUAUUUGGAAAAUCAAAACACUUCAAAAACUUUACCUUUGUGAAAACUACAUGUAUGGUGAAGUUUCAGAAGAGAUUGGAAAUUUAACUUCACUUGAAGAGUUAGUGAUUUAUAGCAACAAUUUAACAGGAAACAUUCCAACAUCAAUAAAAAAUUUGAAGAAGCUUAGAGUUAUAAGAGCUGGUUUGAAUUUUUUGUCAGGAAACUUACCUUCAGAAAUCAGUGAAUGUGAGAGUUUAGAGAUAUUAGGUUUAGCACAGAAUCAGUUACAAGGUUCUAUUCCAAAGGAGCUUCAAAAGCUUCAGAAACUAACCAAUUUGAUUCUAUGGCAAAACUCAUUUUCUGGUGAGCUUCCACCUGAGAUUGGAAACAUUAGUAGCCUUCAGUUGAUUGCUUUGCAUCAAAAUUCAUUGAGUGGCGAUAUUCCGAAGGAUCUCGGCCGGUUAUCACAGUUGAAGAAGUUGUACAUGUAUACUAACCAGUUGAACGGGACAAUUCCAAUUGAGCUAGGAAACUGUACUAAUGCUGUUGAGAUUGAUCUAUCUGAAAACCAUUUGAUUGGAACCAUUCCUAAAGAGUUAGGUGAAAUCUCUAAUCUUAGCUUGCUUCAUUUAUUUGAAAACAAUUUGCAGGGUCAUAUUCCAAAGGAGCUUGGAAAUUUGAGGCUGCUAAGGAAUUUAGAUUUGUCAUUGAAUAACUUAACAGGUAGAAUUCCAUUGGAGUUUCAAAACCUUGAAUUCAUGGAGGAUUUGCAGCUAUUUGAUAAUCAACUUGAAGGUGUGAUUCCACCUCAUCUUGGAGCUGUUAAGAACCUUACUAUUCUUGAUAUCUCUUCGAAUAAUCUCGUUGGUAUGAUACCAAGACAUCUUUGCGAAUAUCAGAAGCUGCAAUUUCUUAGCCUCGGAUCGAAUAGGCUUUUCGGUAAUAUUCCUUAUAGUUUGAAAACUUGUAAGUCACUUGUGCAGUUGAUGCUUGGAGACAACCUUUUGACAGGAAGUUUACCUGUUGAAUUUUAUGAGCUUCAUAAUCUUACCGCACUCGAACUUCAUCAAAACCAAUUCUCAGGACUAAUUAGUCGUGGGAUCGGUCAAUUAAAGAAUUUGGAGAGACUUCAUUUGUCAGAUAACUUUUUUUCUGGUUAUCUACCUUUUGAGAUUGGAAACUUGGCACAGCUUGUCACGUUCAAUGUUUCAUCGAAUCGAUUCGGAGGAAGCAUUCCGAACGAGUUGGGAAACUGUGCGAGGCUGCAGAGGCUUGAUCUCAGCAGGAACAAGUUUUCUGGUAUGCUGUCGAAUUCAAUUGGAAAUCUUGUGAAUUUGGAGCUACUAAAAGUUUCUGAUAACAUGCUUUUUGGAGAAAUACCAGGAACUUUGGGAGAACUUAUUCGGCUAACCGAUUUGGAGCUAGGCGGAAAUAGGUUUACAGGAAGCAUUUCUUUUCAUUUUGGAAGACUGUCUGCUCUUCAGAUAGCACUUAAUCUGAGUCACAACAAUCUUUCUGGUACAAUUCCUGAUAGCUUAGGAAGCCUGCAAAUGUUGGAAUCACUUUACUUGAAUGAUAAUCAACUUUUCGGAGAAAUUCCUUCAUCAAUUGGUGACUUGCCUAGUCUUUUAGUAUGCAAUGUAUCUAACAAUAAGCUCACAGGAACUGUUCCUGACACAACUACAUUUAGAAAGAUGGAUUUAACGAAUUUUGCCGGGAAUAAUGGUUUGUGCCGCAUAGGUACUAAUCACUGUCAUCCAUCUCUAGCUUCAUCUCAUCGUGAAAAGGCGACGAAAAACGGUUUAUCAAGGGAAAAGAUAGUUAGCAUUGUUUCUGGUGUAGUUGGUUUUGUUUCUCUUAUUUUCAUUGUGAUUAUAUGUUGGACUAUGAAGCGACACCGGAGCUCAUCUUUUGUUUCAAUCGAAGAAGAACAAACAAAGCCUCAUGUUCUUGAUAACUAUUACUUUCCGAAAGAAGGCUUCACAUAUCAGGAUCUUUUGGAAGCCACUGGAAAUUUUUCAGAAUCUGAAGUUAUAGGAAGAGGAGCUUGUGGAACUGUCUACAAAGCUGUUAUGAAUGAUGGUGAAUUUAUUGCUGUCAAGAAGCUGAAUUCGCGUGGAGAAGGAGCAUCAAGCAUCGACCGAAGCUUCUUUGCUGAGAUUUCAACUCUUGGAAAGAUCAGGCACAGGAACAUUGUGAAGCUGCAUGGAUUCUGUUUUCAUGAAGAUUCUAAUCUUUUAUUGUAUGAGUACAUGGAAAAUGGAAGCCUUGGUGAAAAGCUUCAUUCAAGUGCAACAUUUUGUGUAUUGGAUUGGAAUGUUAGAUAUGAAAUAGCUUUAGGAGCAGCUGAAGGAUUAAGCUAUCUUCAUUAUGAUUGCAAACCACAGAUAAUUCAUCGCGAUAUCAAGUCGAACAAUAUUUUGCUUGAUCAUGUGUUUCAGGCUCAUGUUGGAGACUUUGGAUUGGCAAAGUUGAUUGAUUUUUCUUACUCAAAAUCUAUGUCUGCUGUGGCUGGAUCAUAUGGUUACAUUGCACCAGAAUAUGCUUACACCAUGAAAGUGACUGAAAAAUGUGACAUCUAUAGUUUUGGGGUGGUUUUACUGGAACUAGUAACUGGGAGGUCACCAGUUCAACCAUUAGAACAAGGUGGUGAUUUAGUGAAUUGGGUGAGAAGAUCAAUUCAAGCAUCUGUACCUACAUUUGAAUUAUUUGACAAGAGAUUGAAUCUUAGUGAACAAAGAACUGUUGAAGAAAUGUCUCUUAUUCUUAAAAUUGCACUGUUUUGCACAAGUACAUCUCCACUUAAUAGGCCUACAAUGAGAGAGGUCAUUGUAAUGUUGAUUGAUGCUAGGGAAUAUGUCAACCAAACACCAACUUCUCCUACAUCAGAAUCUCCACUUGAUGAAGAUAAAAGUUCCUCUUCCAAAGAUGGUGGUUUAGAGUUGUGACGUACAAGCUUCCCUAUGUCCUCAAAAUGAGUUAUUUGGGUACACUCCAUCAUUUCCACAUUUUGAAUCUUGGCCAAUGAUGUCCCCUAGCUCAGUUGAAUAAAUAACUUUAGCUAAAAGAAAAUCACAAUAUCAGUUUCAAAGAAGGAAAUGCAAUGCUUCAACACAACCAUCCUUCAUGUCAAGCUCCUCUACUAAUGAGUUGUGUGACAAGUUUUCAUCCCAAGGGUACCAAACAAGUCUAAUCUAGUAUUUGUGAUGAUUUAUUUUUUAAUUUGUGGAUAAUAUGUGAUGAUUUAAUUUUAUUAACAUAGCAAAACUCUUCUCCAUGUAGGCAUACUUUGUUUGAUGUCUUAGAUAGCGAGUUGAGCAUACAAAAAUCACCCCCAACUCUUUGAACCUUGAAUUAAUGAUGACUAUGAUUUAACACAAGCUGGUGAAAUAUAAGUUGUAUAUUUCUAUGCUA